AGCUGAUCAUCUGUCUCCUUGCUGAGGCUCUGAGAGGCUGGAGGAAUAAGAGACGCAAACACAAGAUCAACACACUCAACACAAAUAUGAACACUUUGAAACGACAUGAGGAUCCGUGGAAGAUCUAUAAAGAGGAAACACCCAGCACCACUCAACAUUUUGCUGGCCGGAGCGUGUGUCUGUUGGAGUCACUGCAGUCGAGUCAUCUGAGGUCACUGAUGGAGUCGUUCUUCAGGCAGCGUUCAGUCAGAUCCAAAGCCAGCGGAAGAGUCCGAGCACGUGACCGAGUGUCAGCUAACUCCAUGAGUUUUGAGGAUUUCUUCUCCUCGCUGAAAGAAGCGACAGGCCAGGACUACAGGAGAAGUGACGUGGAGGAAUUAUUCAAUGAGAUGGACAUCUCUUGUGAUGGUCGUGUCGGAUGGCAAACGUUCCACACCUUCAUAUUGCAGCAUUUCAAGCAUAUCAAAGACUCGAUGAGAGCCUGUAAAAAAGUUCCCAUCUCACAGCCUUCAAUACAUCACUGUACCUACAACAAGCAAGAGGCAAUCGUGCGCGUCUUGGCUUUGAGUCAGUCUCCACCCAUGCGUUACAUCAGCGUCAGCAAGAGAGGAACCCUCAUUGUGUGGAACAGGCAUCUGAACAACAUAAAGCCUCUGGAGUUGUGUGCCGGCCCGUUUAACAAAAGGCAGCAUCGUAAGAGGUUCCAGGGCUGGACCACCGAUGCUGUCUACAUGGCAAACGUUCACAAGAUCGCUGUAGCGACCCUGAGCAGGGGCAUCCACUUCUUUGACGUUACCACCACUUGCAGCUUUGAGCAGGUUCAUUUGUUCGGACUGAGUCAUAUUCCUACUGCUCUGUGUUAUUGGUAUGACACAGAGGCUCCAGGAGAGAAGUGUGUGCUGAUGUGGGGCGAUGACAGGGGCUCUGUGAAUUUGCUGUGGUUUCUACAGCCUUUCAAGGGGCUUUUUGAAAUGCCUUUUACCAACCAGACCGGCCCAGUCCAAAUCUUUAUGCCAGAUAUACAUGCACACAGUGCACUGGUCUCCUAUCAGAACAUCCCAAACAUCCACAGCGAGCCGAUCAACAGAAUCCUGUAUGAACCGCAUGAUGAGCUCAUUAUUACAUCAUCAGAAAGUCCAGCCAGCUCUGUGGUCAUCAUUGACGUCAAUCAGAAGAGAGAGGAAUACAUUUGGAAAACUGAAAAGGGAGUCAAGUGUUUUGACUUCAGCUUCUCUCUCGGGCUGCUGGUGACUGCUGGAGUGGGUCCGGCUGUCAGGCUGUGGAACCGUUAUGUGACCUCCCGCCCAACUGCGGUUCUGCACAGUCACCAGACCGCUGUGGUGGAUGUGGUCAUUCACCAAGCGUUGGGAAAGAUCUUCAGCUACUCCAAGGACGCUGUGCUGAAAAUAUGGGAUAUUCCUUCUCAACAGUGCGUAAAGACAAUUCCCCUACAUUUCCCGAAUAUCCAGCUCAGCUUUACUCCGGAGCACGGCAGCUUUCCGCUGCUCCUCAGCCUGACUCCAGAUCCUGUACUGCUGGUGACCUGCAGAGAGUAUCUGGCCGCGCUGCAUCUGCACAAGAGCGAAUCCAGCAGCAGGUCUGGGAUUUACACCUGUGCCCUCUAUAAUCUUCAUCUUCAGCAGGUAAUCACAGCCUGCGCUGACUCCACACUGACCGUGUGGGAUGUGAAGACGGGCAUUAAGAGGAUGGAGAUAAGGAACGCUCACGGUAAGGAGGAGGUUUCCUGUAUGGCACUAGACGUUCAUCAGCGCAGACUGAUCUCCGCAGCCACCAAUGGCACUAUCAAGGUGUGGAACUUACUGAAUGGUCUCAAUCUUCAUAAACUCGAAACCGUCUCCAGCGCAGAGGUCACCGGGAUCAUCUGUCACCAUGACAACCAGCUUCUCACCACAGGCUGGAGUCGACUGAUCGCUCAGUACAGCAUUGCAUUUUCAGACGACAUCUACGUAAAAGCAGACCUGUCCUGGAAGUCUGGCUGUCAGCACGGCGAGGAUAUCCUGGCCAUGGAUCACUGUCCAGGUCUGGGACUUCUGGCUACUGGGAGCUUUGAUGGAGAGAUCAUUAUAUGGAGCCUAGCGCUGCAGAAGCCCAUCACACGACUGCAGACAAACCAGCAAGACACAGCUCAUCUGCCAGUCCAUAGACUGCUGUUUUUGCAAAGACGAGCCCAGCAGAGUCAUUUGAGAAGCGACGCUGUGCUGCUCAGCUCACAGGCUGGAUUUGUCUGCUGGUGGAGCGUCUGUGGGCCCAGACACAACCAGGGACAGUUCUAUGUGCCUGAUGGAUCUAAUGAGAAUGUGAUGGGUUUAAGCACAGACCAGGAGAAUACUCUGCUUGUCACUGGAGACACAUGUGGAUCCAUCAGGGUCUGGGACAUCUCACAGUAUGCCUUAAACGGUGUGGAUAUGGAGUCUGCAGAAGAUCUGCCUCCACUGUUGCACUCUUGGAGAGGCCAUGAGAGGGCGAUAGUGAGCAUCGAGGUGCUGGUGUACGAGUCUCAACUCUUCGUUCUGAGCGCGUCAGUGGACCACAGGGCCUGUCUCUGGACGGCUCAGGGAGUUUGUGUGGGCUGUUUUGGACAGGAACAGCAAUGGGAUUUGAGCAACCCAGACACUUAUCAAACCAACAGAGAACGUAUUAGUCCAAUCAAAGAAGAGGACCAGGAGAGCACAGAGGACAGAUCACGCUUCGGUGCUGGGAGUUUUAUCUGCUGGGGUGAAAGUUCAGAGGUCACUGGGACAAGCCUUAGUGUGGGAGAUAGUCAACAAACAGAAUUAGCUCUAGACUUACAGAGACUCCAAACGGCUCUGGAAACCCCAGACUCUGAGUGCAUGUCUGACCGCAGCAGCUCUUUGGAAAAGUUCCCACUGCCAAAAUACAGUAAGGAUUUCUCUACACAGUGCGGUCUUCACUGUGUGUCUCAGGUUCUCUCUGGAGAUCACGCGUUUGGGGAUCUGGAGAUUAAGAUGACUGCACGCCAACGCAGGCCACGAGAUAUUGGCCGUGAAAAGCUCUGUCGCUUUGGGAACGAGUUCACACCGCUUCAGGCUCUGGAGCUGCCGGAGAUCAGUGAGCUGAAAGAUGUGCCUUUGAAGCCUUGGAAACUGAAGAUACGGCAGAUUUCCUCCAGAGGAACAGAAGUGAGCUCUCGCACGCUCUCCUCUGAAGAUUCUCUGCGUUGUGAAACACUGGACGACUAGAUAUGUUUUACUUUUUGACACAGGUCAGUGACUGUACACCGAUUUACACUGUUUUACACCUUCUCAGUCUUAACAGACUGCUUUUGUGCCAUCAUUGUUCAGCCACAUCAAUGGUUGUACACAAUAUGUAUCAUUUAUUAGAAUAUAGAGGAGAAAAUAUUUGUAAAAUAUGUUUUUUGAAAUUUGACUAUGUAUGUAUUUUAGCAAUAAAUAAUUUUUCUUAAAUGAAAAUGAAAGGUUGUGAGGUAUAGACAUUGUUUAAUGAUUGUAUUGUAAUGUUCAUUUUGUCCUCAGUUGUUCAGCUGAUUGGCAACAUUAAAAAUGUUUGACGGCGCUUUAGUGGCACAUUAAAAAAAGAAAAAAAAAUCUAAU